GUUUAUAUUUUACGGCCAAAAGUUACAGGGAAAACUCGCACCUAAAAAAGAUAAACAGUGCAUGGAGAAUGGAAAGUGGUGCUAGAUAUCAAGUCCUCCAAGAGGAGGAGGAGUCUUCCGUACCAGCCCAGGCAGUCCCUUUGGCCAUGGUGAUAGCGCCUGUUCCACAACCCUCAGUUAUGGAACACAGUGAAGUUCACACAACCCCACCACCAGCGUACAAGGAGUCUGAUUUUAUCCCACCACCAUACGAUGUGGCCACUAAACUGCCAAGUUAUGAAGAAGCAGAGAUAUCGAAGCAACAAAUGAAACAUGAUGAAGAAAGCAAUUCUUACUUUGAUCAAGUUUCAAGUGAACAGUUUGAUGAACUGACCCUUGGGACAGAUGGGAUAUUUAUGUGCACAUUUUUAAUUGCAUUCCUGUUCAACUGGUUUGGCCUGUUGUUUGCCAUGUGUGCAUCCACCACUAUAGCUGGUAGAUUUGGAGCCUUUGCUGGCUUUGGACUCUCAAUGGUCAAGUGGGUGGCCAUUGUCCAGCAUAGUCACUGGAUCAGUGGUUCUGGAUAUGCAGAUGCUGACUCCUGGCUCUGGUGGUUGCUAAUGUUUUUAGGAUUCCUGAUAUUUUUCCAUGGCUGUGUGAGAUAUGUGAGUGUGAAAUACAAGUGGCAGAGACUGUCAUCUCAGUCUCGCAGCAAGUUCAUGUUCUACAUGUGAGAGCUCUGAAGAUUAAGCUGAAUGGGUGCAAUGUGGAAAUAUUAAAAAGGACUUAUUUCAAAAACAUAUUGGAGACAUUUCUCAUCGGUUCUUAAUGUAAUCACAAUAUAAAAUGGAUAAUGUUGCUACCAGAACUAUGAUAAUAUAUUAAAAAUUUCAGUUAUUACAGAUUUUUUUUCUCGUGUACUCUAGUGCAUGUAGUAAUAUAUUGCAUUGUCUGUACAGAGCAUUUAUGUGGUGAAUAACCUGGUGCUGGGUCUGUGUGAACUUCUUUCAUAUUUUAUAAUGGUAAUAGUAUAACUUUUGCUGAAGGCUAUAUCCCAAAUAAACACGUACAAAUACAGAUAGGAAAAAUCAAUCACUAAAUUGUAAACUUCAUAGAUGGAGAUAGUGCAAUGUUUAUGUUAAAAUUCUAGUCAUUCGUUCUGCAUUGAAAUAUUCUGGAUAAUACAUUGUUUUUAGAAAAUAAAUUGAAUUAUUGAAUUAAUGAUGGUAUUAUAUUGCAACAACAAUUUAUAGUAGGCUUUUGUCAUAGUAUAAGCUUAUUAUUUCAUUUCAAUUUUGAAUUUUAUUCAGACACUAAAUUGGUCUAUAACAUAUCAUUCUUUUUUUUUUAUUUUUAUUUUUAUUUUUUUUUUUU